AUGGACCCCGGAUCCGACAAGAUCAUAACGGGAUCAAGGUGCGAACAGGGCAGAUGGCGAUCACUGGCCUCCCGUCCCAAGGUGGUGAGCUACCCUCUGAAGUCACUGCACGGGCACUCACACUCCGUGCAAGACGUCACCAUCUCUUUGGAUGGCCAGUUUGCGCUGUCAGGCUCAUGGGAUGGCACCCUCCGGCUGUGGGACCUCAACGCAGGAACGACAUCCAGGCACUUUGUUGGCCACACCAAGGACGUGCUCAGUGUCGCAUUCUCUGUCGAUAAUCGCCAGAUUGUUUCAGCUGCUCGUGACAAGACUAUCAAGAUCUGGAAUACUCUUGGGGAGUGCAAAUUCACAAUGGGUGACCAAGAUGGCCAUACGGAGUGGGUCUCCUGUGUUAGGUUUUCUCCAGACACAACAAAACCCAUGCUAGUGUCUGCUGGAUGGGAUAAGCAGUGCAGUAUGAUAGCCAAUGGCAUCUUCCACUUACUGGCUGAUGGACCAUACAACGUCCACAUUGCACCUUUGGUGAAGCAAACUAAGAGGGGUUUGGAAACCAGCUUCGAACUCAGGAAGUCUGGACGGGACUGGCUCCUGCAGCUGAUCUGA